CUUGGUGUCCAGGGGAGGCCCCCGGCGGCUGGAGCGCGGCGGAGGCAGGCGCAGAGGCCGGAGGGAGCGGAGGCGAGGGGCGGCCCGAGCGCGGGGAGGGAGCGAGGCGAGCGGUCAUGUGUCCGUGCCCCCUGCACCGCGGCCGCGGGCCCCCGGCGGUGUGCGCCUGCAGCGCGGGCCGCCUGGGUCUGCGCUCGUCCGCCGCGCAGCUCACCGCCGCUCGGCUCAAGGCGCUCGGCGACGAGCUGCACCAGCGCACCAUGUGGCGGCGCCGCGCGCGGAGCCGGACGGCGCCGGCGCCCGGCGCGCUCCCCACCUACUGGCCCUGGCUGUGCGCGGCCGCGCAAGUGGCGGCGCUGGCGGCCUGGCUGCUCGGCAGGCGGAACUUGUAGGAACGCGGGGCUUCUUGGUGGGGCCGGAGCCGAGACCCAGCCGGAGAGAGCAACAGGUUGGUGAAAACCCUGUGUCCUUGGAGAAAGCUGGUUCCCGUUUUCCUGAGGGGGAGCCCGGAGCUUGAAAGGCCGCGGUUGGCACUUCGAGAAGGAAGUGGAGAGGAGCCUAGAGCCAAUAGUAGCAACGCCGAAAGGGACUGGGGAAGCCCUUUGCAUAUCCAGCUGCAGAAACAGACACCCCAAUGCUAUUUACAUACAGCUCUAUAUAUAAAAAAAGAAAAUAUUGAAUAUUACUACUCAGUGCAUGUCUUGUCGAGGACGCAAGUCCCCUCCCUUUUCUGCACCUUCCCAUGUGGACUUUGAUACUUCCAUGUCUGGGGCACUGGAAGAGAGAUGCCUACUGUGUACCUAGAAAAUUUGCAAAGACUGGUGGGAAUUAGCUCCAGAGUUGACCAACCACCUGGGGAGGGAUGCUGGUGGAGGAGAGGGUAAAAUUGCAAAAGGCAAAAUAGAAGGAAAAAAGAAAGAAAGCGAGGAGGACGAGGGGCAGUCUGGGAGUCCUUCAUUUCCAAAAGUCUUGACAAGUCCUAGUCUCUCUGUACCUGUGUGUAGGUCAAUAGCCAGUCCCACUGUCAGAACAAGACAAAAGGGAUUUUUUUUUUUCCCUACCAGUCUGGUGUCUCUGGUGCUUCACUUAAAUUUUGCUGGUGCUGUGUUCUUGCCGGUGCUGCCAUGGCGUUCUGUUGCCAGACUGCAAGGCCAGGGGACGAGAGAGUUCUAUUUUGCUGUUUCAAAUUCUUUUUUUAAAGGGACAAGUCGCAAAAGUGCCACUUGAGAGUCUCUGCUCUUUCUCUGUGGGGAUGAAAAAUCCAGAGGUGUUUUGGAGCAAACCCUGGGGUCUGGGAGGGAGGUAGGGAGGGAGGUACCGAGUGCUUGCUGGUUACUGAGGUGGAAAGCUGACCUCGUAUGUGACUUGUUUGCUAUAUCCUCUGCCCCUGAGAAAGUACCCUGGGAGUACAGCCCAUGGCCUCUCCUACUCCCCAAGGGGAUUUCAGGGCUUAGAUUUUAUGGAUUAAAGGGCCAAGAAAUGGCUACGUUCUGGUCAAGGGUGAUUUAUAAGCAAGAGGCACUGGGGGAGGGAGCGGGUCACUUAAAUGAAAUGCACCAGCAUCUCACUGACUGACAGAAGGUCUGAUUUUUUUGUUUGAUUUCCCCAGGAGGAGCUACUAUUUUCAGAAGUUUCUAGAAGGGCUAAAAAAAAAAAAAGAUGUGUGCUGGACUGAGACUUGGCUGCAAAGACUCUUCAGGGAGCAGUGAUUAUAUUUUGCUUUUAUUUUUUGAAAAAUGUAAAAGAAAGAAAACCCCAGGUAUUACUCCUCUGUGCUGGGUCUUACACAGUGCCGUGUGCAAAGCUGAGAUGGUGGGGCACCAGGCUUCAGGGUCAGACUGUCAUUCUGCAGGCCACCACCCAGUCCCUAUGGACAGGGGGGUCCACUGGGCUGAUUAGCAGACACCCUUGCUGUUCUAAGAAGCCAGCAGAGGGAUCAGCCGUUGUUGAGGUUGACAUGGGGCUGAAUUAUUCCCCAUAGGCUUUGGUGAAAAUUACCAGGUCCUUUAGAAUGCAGGACCUUUUAGUGCUGUUGCAAGCUGGGAGCUGUCUUUCUUUCUUUCUUUUAUCCAGGCCUUAUGUUUUCCUAAAUAGACCUUUAAAGACAAAUGUGACCCAAAGCUGCUGAAGGUGAGGGCAGCCCCCACCCCCACCCCCAGCCAGCUUGUUGAUGGAGAACUUGCUUCCUUUCAUUCUGGGGGCCCUCCCCUCCAGUUAUUUUUGCAGGGGAUGGGUAUGUAGGCAGGGUCUGCAGAGAGCAGCAGGCGACACCCCCAGCAAGCCACGAACUUAGAGAAGGCAAAUUAAUUAGAAUGAU